AUGACUCGCGGCGAAACCAUUCAGACCAAGUGCCACUACAAGGGCAGCAACGAUGACUUCAUCAUCUUCAUUGACGAUGUCGACACCUACAACAAGUGGAAGACGGACAAGACCAUUCCCAUGGCUCACUUCAUGUCCUCGUUCAGAAUUUUCCAGACAAACAAGCAUGGUGCCCAAGGCCAGCUUGAUGCGGCUCCUAAAAACAUCCUCUCUGCCGAGUUCAACACUGAGGACGAGGACGAGGUGAUUAAGAAGAUUCUUCAUGGCGGUACUCUACAGCAGUCCGAGAUGCCUGCGCGCCAAGGACACAAGAACGACUCCAUGGGCACUAUGAACGCCAAUUAG